AUGCCUGACAUCCCUGUCGGCACUCAAAUAUUUGACCUUAUCUUCCACCCAACAGACUCAAUUGUAUUCACCGGUCUCCUGACGGGCCAUGUGAAGGCAUUUGGCUACGACGAGCAGGGGAACCAUGAUAGCAAGUUCGCCGUUCGACCUUCAAAACGAUCCUGUAGGGCUCUAGCCAUCAGUGAUGACGGCAGCAGGCUGUGGGCGGCGGGAAAAGCGAAGUCUUUAUAUACUAUUGAUGUUGGGACGGGUGAGAUAGUGAACACCAUAUACAAUGCCCACGAUGCAGCCAUCAACCGCGUUAAACACCUUACGACCAACUUGCUGUCGUCCGGAGAUGACGACGGAGUGAUUAAGCUGUGGGACCCACGAAAACCAGAUGCCAUCAAGGCGUACAAUCAUCACUUCGACUUCAUCUCUGAUUUCCUAUGGCUGUCCGAUUGGAAACAGUUAGUCUCAACGAGCGGUGACGGCACUUUAUCCGUCAUUGAUGUGAGAGCAAAAAAGACGGAACCUCUGGCCCAAUCAGAGGACCAAGAAGAUGAACUCCUCUCGAUCGUUCCCAUUAAAGGGGGACAGAAGUUCGCAGUCGGGACGCAAUUAGGCAUUCUAUCAAUAUUCAACCGACGCAAUGGAUGGGGUGACUGUGUGGAUCGGAUUCCCGGGCACCCACACUCGAUCGACACGCUCUGUAACAUACCCUCGUCCUACCCCUCUUCGCACUCGACGAUCCUCACCGGCUCCUCCGACGGCAUCCUGCGUGCUGUGCAGCUCUUCCCAACGAAGCUACUCGGUGUUGUCGCGGACCACGGCGAGUUCCCGAUCGAGUGCGUCGCAGUUGAUCGCGGCGGCGAGGGCCGCUGGGUCGGCAGUGCAGGGCAUGAGGAGGUACUCAAGCUCACUGACCUCAAGGAGGUGUUUGAGGAUGAGGACGGGAAGGAAGACGAAGAUGAGGAUGGAAAAGAUGGCACUGAGGGUGAAGAUGACGAGGGCGAAGCAGAAGACACUGACACAGCGGAGCCUGCUAUGGAGGAUGCAUCACAAGAGGAAGCGGAAGAACCGCACGAAGAGGGCGAGGACGCAGCCGAAGAGUCGAGUGAAGAUGAUGUCGAACCAGAGGAGAAAAAGCGCAAGCGCAAGCAGGACAAGGAUCCGCUCCAACUGGUCAAAAGAAAGAAGGGUCGUAACGAGAUCGAUGCCGAGCGUUCGUUCUUCGCCGAUUUGUGAUCCUGCAUAGACUAGAUGUACACCUCAUCACUAGCAUUGCUACGUGAUAAUCCCCAUUAUCGUGACCGUGCUAAAGCUUCGCUCUGGGCUUACUCGACAGCUUGCCCUGCUUCUGCAUCUCCCUUGCACGCUCUCGUAACACACGACGUAAGAGUUUGCCACUCGGGUUCUUCGGGAUGGAUUCAACAAACUCGACGCCGCCUGCCAGACGCUUGUAAUGGACCUUCGCAUCGGCGACAUGCUGUUCGGAGGGAAAGCAGAACGUCACGACAGAAUGCAUCGCUGCUGACCUUCAUCAGAAUUGCCCGGACUCUUUCCGCCUCGGCAGGGUCCCGCUUGAUUCGUUCAGUGGCCUUUGUGCUAGGGACGACGAAGGCGAGGGGAAGCUCGCC